AUGGUCACACGAACACAACUGAUUUCGGCGAUGUUAUCAAUUGAUAACAUCGAUGAUAAUAUAUACAGAUCCGAGGGACCACAUAUAGGUGGAAUAGUCGGACCGAACAGAUUGUUUGGUGGAUAUAUAGCUGCUCAAGUGUAUGAUGCUGUACGAAAUUACAAAAACAAGAUCAACGAUGAGAAAGUUAUUUUCAGCAUGCAUUAUAAUUUUGUGUCGGCAGGCGACCCCCGGAAAUUGAUUGACAUUAAAGUGAAUCAAGUGGAGGAUAUUUUUGUAGUUGAUGUCUACCAUGAAAAUAAGAGUAUUGGGUUAGCACAUAUUAAGAUUGACAGUCAUUUCCUCAAACCACCAACUUAUCCAGAAAACAUUCCACCGCUAUUGUCAAUUCCAAGUCUUGACAAAAUCAUGGCGGUGUUACCACCUUCAAAGAGAAAAGAGGAGUUGAGAUUUUUCAUGAAACAUUUCGUUUUCGAACUACGACCUGUUCACAUGAUCUCAUCUCCCGGACCCGGCGACUAUAGAGUUGUUUAUUAUGCUCGACUAGCUCCGGAAUGCACUGAUCAUGUGCGAGAAGAUGGAGGAAUGGUUGGAGUGGUGGCUCUUUCCGAUUUCUUCGUCCUACAAUCAGCACAAAAUGCUAUAAACGAAGCUGGUUACAAGAUGGCAACCGGAGCUUCACUACAUCAUAAACUAUAUUUUCAUAAAGAAAAAGUUGAGGCUAUCCAAUGGUUUCUUGUCGAGACGCGGACGGAAAUUGCCACCGGAAACAAGGCCAAGAUUUUUGGCGGUGUAUUCGAUAGCACCAAGGAAUGUGUCGUCUCUUUCAUCCAAGAAGCAUACGUGGUACCUGAGAAAAAGCCACUGGAUUCUAAAAUUUAA